CUCUCCAGGGCGCCUGUAAACACACCCAGACUGUCAUGGAGGGGGCGGAGGGGGCGGUGGCGGCGAAGGGAGGCGUUCUGGGCCGCCUCCAGGGUCCGCUCUGCCAUUCCUGAACUGGUCCCUCAUCCUCCCCGUGACGGUGGCAUCAGGGAAGCGAACUGUUAGGCGAGAGGAGGCAGUCAGAACCAUACCCCCUUCUUCCCCCGGGGCGGGGGCCGGGCCGGGCCCGGCCGGCGGAGCUGGGAGGGCAGGGGGAGGGAGCGCCUGGCCAGGCUGGCCUGCCUGCCGAGAUGGAUGACAGUAAGGUGAUUGGAGGCAAAGUAAAGAAGCCUGGCAAACGUGGCCGGAAGCCAGCCAAAAUUGACUUGAAGGCAAAACUUGAGAGGAGCCGGCAGAGUGCAAGAGAAUGCCGGGCCAGAAAGAAACUGAGGUAUCAAUAUUUGGAAGAAUUGGUAUCCAGCCGGGAAAGAGCCAUAUGUGCCCUCAGAGAGGAACUGGAAAUGUAUAAGCAGUGGUGUAUGGCAAUGGACCAAGGAAAAAUCCCUUCUGAAAUAAAGGCUCUACUGACUGGAGAAGAGCAGAACAAGUCUCAGCAGAACUCAAGCAGGCACUUGAAGGUUGGAAAAACAGACGCUAACACCAAUUCCUGUGAGUAUAAUACCUGGAGAGUUUCUAUGUAGGUAGAGGAGGGUCUUAAGGGUGAAGAUCUUGUAAAAUGUUGAGUCAGUGAUUGAAGUAAAUAUCCUAAUUCCUAUGAAAGAUGAAUAGACAAGAUUGUAUUUCUUGGCUCCAUAUACUACCUACUGCUCCACAGUCAUCUCUGUAAAUCUGCAGUUUCUACCAAACGUGUGAUCCUGGAUCUCAAAGGAUUUUGCUUCAACUUUUAACACUUAGAAAAAUUUACAAACAUUCUGAUUGGUAUUGCCACCGAUGGCAUUUGAUAUGUUGCAAUGCUUGAAAACACAGGAGUAGAGAAAAAUGGGUAAAGAUUGUAUUUUUGCACCUUAACUCCACAUUGCUUUAUUGGUUAAUUUAUAUUCUUUCCAUGUAAUUGUAUUUGUAUGUGUGUUUAGGUGUCACCUCCUCUCAUGUUUUUUAUUGCCCUGCAAAGAGAAACCAAAUGGGCUGAUGACUAAGUUCUUAGCCUUAAGGACCUAAUUUUAUUUCUUUAUAUGUACUUGAGUAACGUCUAUUUUCUGCAUGAACCAAGAUUUCUCCUGUGAGCCAUUCCAGCAUAAGCUGUGAAUAUGUAUUAACCAGUAUAUACAUUUCUAUUUUUAUAAUCCAUAAUGGUAUGCCUGUUUUAAAUAAUGUACAUGUUAACAGCAUCCAUCAGGAAAGCCCUCAAGACAGCCUCUGUUUAAAACUUUUGUUGCUGUCUUCUCAAACUGUAUUUAUAACAGUUUGCUAGGGCCUAAUCCAUACGUGGAGAAUGAUUAUUCAAAUUUUAUUUUUAAACAAGAAAUAACCUUUUAGGCAUUUCAGCAGCAUACAUCAUCUUGACAAUCCAGGGUGUAUACAUAUGUAUGUGUUUCUAUUGUAUGUCUCUAUGUGUAUGUGGGGAGGGCAGGAAUGAAUGUUCACACACAUUUCCUUGUGGAGUCAACUAACUUGGAUAUUUUUCCUAACGAGAAUAGACUGAAAUUAGCUGCUGAGAUUGAGUUUCUGCCUCAAGAGAUCUGGAACAAAAUGAGGGACAAACUGCUGAUAGACCUAAUGGCUGUAGCCAUAACCA